AUGCGCAUAACCUUCAUUCUAGAAAAUCAGCCCAAGCCAGAGGAGAUCACCGAAAUCAGCCCUAAUACCGAAAGAGAAACCGAGCCCAACAAGGAAAACCCCACUGGAAAAUCGUCGAAAAAGAAAGCUCCAACUCUUACUUCGACUCUCAGUGCAAGAAGCAAGGCUUCUUGUGGGCUGACCGAGAAUGAGGGUUGGGUUCACAACUACAUCGACUCACAGCCCGAGAUAAACGAGAAAAUGCGGGCAAUAUUGAUAGACUGGUUGGUUCAGCUCCAUAGCAAAUUCGAGCUCUCGUCCGAGACCUUUUACCUCACGGUUAACAUCCCCGAUUGA